GGAGGACGAAUUCAUUGUUUAAUGGAAAAUGUGUAAUCUUUUCUUGUUUGCAUUACAGAAAGAAUCAUGACAUAUGAUCAGCAGUUGGAUUUCAGAAUGAACUCAAGCCUUGCUCAGACAAUGGACAAUGCUCCUCUCUGCUAUGAAUUUUUUAAUGGAUCUUGUCCUAAGCUUGACUAUCCUCUGUUUUUAAAGGUGCCACUUUACAUAAUCUUCGGCUUUGUGGUGAUUUUAACAGUGUUGGGAAACCUGUUUGUCAUCAUUACCAUUUUUCAUUUCAAGCAGCUGCACAUGCCAACUAAUUACUUCGUUCUUUCUCUGGCUGUAACUGAUCUGCUGCUCGGGGGCUUUUUGAUGCCUCCAGGACUGGUGCAAUCUGUGGAGACUUGCUGGUAUUUUGGAAGUUUAUUUUGCAAAAUAUAUAACAGUGUUUCCAUUAUGUUGUGCACUGCUUCUAUUUUAAAUUUGUCUUUCAUAUCUAUUGAUAGAUAUUUUGCUGUGUGCCAACCUCUCCUGUAUCAAACUAAAAUCACCCCGUUUGUCACACUAAUCAUGAUCUCCAUCUGCUGGAGUGUUUCUAUCAUAGUUGGGUUUGGAAUAAUAUUUCUGGAGCUAAACAUUCUUGGCAUUGAAGAGUUUUAUUAUGAUAAUUUUGUGUGUGAAGGAGCCUGUGUGUUGUUACAAAGUGCAGUCUCUAGUACUGCCUCAUCCUUUCUUUCCUUCUAUUUGCCAGGCAUUGUGAUGCUCUGUAUAUAUAUGAAAAUAUUCCGUGUUGCACAAAAGCAAGCGAAGUCUAUUCAGGACUCGAAGUCCAAAAAUAUGCAAUCAAGUUUAAGCAAAGAGGAGAAAAAAGCCACAAAAACCCUGGCCGUGGUUUUAGGCGUGUUUCUGUCACUGUGGUUGCCUUUUUUUUUCUGCAAUGUCAUUAAUCCGUUCAUUGGUUAUUCAGUACCACCAGUAUUGAUUGAUGCCCUUGUUUGGGUUGGUUAUAUGAACUCAACUUUUAAUCCUAUUGUUUAUGCCUUCUUCUACAAGUGGUUUAGAAAAGCAUUCCGAAUGAUGUUGUCAGGCCAAAUAUUUCAGCCAGGUUCUUCAAGAACAAAUCUGUUUUCACAUUGAAAAUAAUGAAGCCCAUGAAAGAAAUGUCUAAAAUUAAACAAGUGCUUACAAUAGAAAAAUGUUCCGACCUGUUCCUUUUUUUAGUUCACUGAUCAGCUAUGUUUGUUGCUUUAGCAAAUAUGCUCAGUUAAAUUCAGGAAUAAUGAAGUAGUAAGACACAACAAAAAGCAUAAAAAAUAAAAAUGCAUUUUUAAUGAUUCUGUUAUGUUAUUCAGUGUGUAACAGUCUCUGAAUCAAUCUACCCUUGUCUUGGAUAUGUAAUUUUGCCUGGUAAAGGAUCUUAAAGAAUUAUCAGUUUUAAUUAUGCUGAACUUAUUGGAACUGGCUUUAUGUUAAAAAUCAUUAGUUCCAACAAAUAAUGGAACUUUGUUUAGCAAUAUUUAUUUCUUGUGGCAUUACUGGACAUGAAAAAUAUUGUUUUUUUUUAUGUAGUUUGAAAUGGACCACAUCAUUCAAAUCUAUUUUUAAAUGGUUUGUUUUAAUUUGAACUAUACAAAACAAACAUUUUUAAGCCUUUUGCAGUGUUGCCAAGCUAUACCUCACCAGGAAUGGAAUCCUGAACGCAGGACACAGUAACUGAUAUGUCACAUCAGUUGUUCUUUUAAAGAGGUACUCUGGCCGAAAUGAAAAAUUUUACCAUUACUACAUCUCUUAUUAACAUGCUCUCAACUUACAGCAGUGUCACUGUAGAAUCUAUAGUUAAAAUUUCUCCUUUUGAUGGUGUACCUUAAAAAUUGGGGAAACUUUUAUAUUCUGAAAAUUAAAACAUCAUGAUUGUUUAAACAAUCAACAUUAAAAAUUUAAGAAAAAAUAUAAUCCACUCGAUAUUCUGGACUAAAACAUGGUAUGAAUUCAUUAUAAAGUGUAACUUGUAAUUAAUCUGGCUAGAAUUGUAUGCAAUAAAACUGGUGAGACAUUUUAGUUAAACAACUAUUCAAAAAUAUUGCUGGGUAAUCACUUAUAUAAAAAAAAAGGUCAUAUUUAGUGAAUGUUAAAAUUAAGCCCAAAAUCUGUUUGCUGUUAACAAAUUUCAAAUAAAUGUGAUGUGGGUGGCCCAGAGACACUCCAUGAGUACUCAGAACUAAGUGUACUGACGCUUUUUUUUCAGAGUGCAGACCUUUCUUGCUGGUUUAGUGUUACGGAGCUCAAGGACAAGGCCUUCAGAUGUACUGACACUG